UGUGACUGAUAAGGAUCUCUCUUUUUCCAUCAGUCUCUCGUGCGCACUCGGACUUAUUGAACCCUGCUCUUGUGAUAAUCGUUUCAAACAGUGAUCAUUUCCAGUAUCGUGUUGCGUCUCAAGUGAUUGUGUUUUCCGUGGCGGGGACUGUCUUCGGCUGCAGUGGUUUAUUGAAUGAGUUCAAUCGGGUACUUCAUAGUUUCAUCACUUGUAGAAUCACUAGAUCCCUUCAAUUAUCUUUGUUAUUAUGAUAUAAGAAUGUUCCAGUGUCAGAAUACGUUUGAUAAGAAUGAAUUAUUUAUUAUUCCAAUAAAGCUGGAAUCCAAAUUAUAAUGCCGUAUUCAUCAGUGAGAGACACGCUGAGGUGGUGGCAAAAGGUUGCCCAAAGAUUACAGUUAUGUUGAAUUCGGAGAUGGACGGAAAAGUGAUACUAUUGAUGGAAAAUAGCUAAGAGUGAAUGAAACAGUGAUAAACAAUGGGCGGGACUGAUAGGCCUACUAUUACGACACUGUGCAACUAGUGAAUGACCGAAUAAACUCAUAAGACCACAAAGAGGCUGGAUGUGGGCAGUCGGAUUACUAUCAGCGUACGCGCUGAUCAAUUUACAAAAUCAGUGCUUCGAUCGGAUAGGAAUAGGUCGCCGCCUGAACGAGACAGAAGUGAAUCGAACAGUGACCGCCAAAUCGUCGAGGGAGUGCGAGCUUGAGUGUGACAAAGACAACUGCCAGACAUUCGCCUUCGGAGUGGGUGUGUCUGGAAACGGAACAUGUGAUAUAGCAAUUGGAAUGCCGACAACACUCCCCAUCGAAAAUAAGGAGUACGACUUAUUCACCAGAAAUUUCAAAUGCAAGAAUAAAACAACAUCUUGUUUCAGACGUUUUGCACCAGGAAGGAGAUUAAUGGACAAAUACAUACGCAAGACGCUGGCGUGUGAUUCACUUCGUCACUGUGAAGAAGAUUGUGCCCAAGAGUUCUACUUCUACUGCGAAGGCUUCAGUUUCAGGUACAGUCCGAAAGGAAGCAUCUGCCAACUGGCCGCUUCACCGGCGGAUAAGCUGGACAUUUUGAAGGACUUCAACUCGGACAGAGCUUGGGACUACUAUGAGAGGGACCGCAACGCGCCCAAGAGCUGCUACAGACCGCAGGCCGGGUUCAGGCCGUGGACCCAGUAUGGGGGUCAGCAGCAGCACGGCUGGCAACAGCAGUACCCUCAACAGCCUCCGCCACCCCACCAGCAAUACCCUCAAAAUCCCCCGCCACCCCAGCAACAGCAGUAUCCGCUGCAGCCCCAAAGACCCCCUCCCGACUUCCCUCUGAGACAGCCGUCCUACCAUCCGAACGCCCUUCCCCCUUCGGCCCCGCCCGCCUACAGCAGCUCCACCCCUCACCAGCUGCAGCAGUGGGUGGGCCCCUCGGCUGCUGCAGCUGUAGACUACGGUGGCAGUCAGCAGCCCACGGCCACAGCUCAGGGUGGUGGUGCUCCAGAUUAUGGCAGCAGCGGGGGCGGUGGCUACUAUGGUGGCUUCAAAGACCCCUACCCACAGCAUCCUCCUGCCCAGUACUACCCCUCGGGUGACGGGCACCACCAGAACAGCUUGCAGCCAAUUGCCGCUCCACCGCUGCACUAUCAACACCAACCCACCGGCAAUGAGUGUUUCCUAAGGACUAAGGUUGGUUUUCGGCUGGAUCGGUCAGUAGUCGUCCUUUCUCUGACAUCUCCGUCACUCUACAACUGCGAGCUCGAAUGCGCCAACGAGAAGAAGUUUCUCUGCAAGAUAUUCAGUUACAAAUACACAAAGUCGCAGAAUGCCCUGGGCGACAACUGUCAUUUGGGAGAAAGGCCAUUCCACACCCUGGACAUCUACACUGACCUUGUUCCCGACAAGGACUACGACAUCUACACGCGCAACGAGAAGGCACCUCCGCUGUGCGUGCCACGUCAUAGCAGUGACAGUGAUUGCUUUGAAAGGGUAAGAAGUGGAUUGAGACUGGACAGCACGAUGACGAAGAACGCGAUGAUGGCCAAUUCCAUCAGCGACUGCGAACAGGCCUGCAUCAACUCCAACACAUUCACCUGUCGAGCGUUCAGUUACAGGUACGGACCGCCGACAAUCGGCCAAGACAGAGAGAACUGCCAGAUGACCGACUUCCCGGUGCCCGAGCUCAACCCACUCAAGCACUUUGUCGACGACCCCAGCUGCGAACUGUACCACAGGGGCAGCUAUGGGCAUGGCUGCGAGGUGGACAAAUGGGCACACCCUCACCAUCCACCACACCACCACAAGCACCACCACCACCACUUCCACUACCACUGGAAGCCACCUCCACCUCCUAAAGACAACUACCUGCCGCCUCCACCUCCCAAAGACAACUACCUGCCUCCCUACCGUCCACCCCCACCCACCUACCGACCAACUCCUGUUCCGGCGUCCGGCACGUUCGCUUCGGGAGCCGGCUUCUCCUCGUCAGGAUUCGGCCCGACCAGUGCACCUCCCCCCCAUCCUCACUACCCACCAUCGUCCAACUCCAUUCUGUCCACGUAUGGUCCUCCUGUCCAUCACAAGCCCUACCCCUCCUUCGUUCCGCCAACUGGACCCAGCUAUGCACCUCCCGCUCCCACCAACACCUACCUUCCACCAGUCAAUUUUGAUCACCCUUCUGCUAGUCGAGAUAAAAUGUGCUACCUUGGAUAUGCGACUCCGGCUCGCCUAAUGCCAAGCGCAAUCAGGAGUUCUCUCAUGGUUCCUAAUGAGCUAGAAUGCAAAGCUCAGUGUUCAAGAGCGCGAGAUACUUCGCGGUUCAGAUGUGCCUCACUCAGUUACAGGGGCAAUAACUGUGAACUGAGUGAUAUAGAACACAGAGACCUGAGGCCUGGCAUAGACUUUGCUCCCGACCAGAGCUAUUGGCUGUAUGCGUGGGACUUCACCGAUGCCCGUUGCUACAUACCUCCAAGGGGCAACGUCUUAGCUCCCAGUGGUCCAGAUUACAUGGGAGGAGGCAUGGCAAGCACAUGGCAGCGUUUCACGGUCUCAGGUCAGCCGUGCCGAGCGGGCACCGUUUGCUCGCAGAACAGAGACAUUGGUGUGUGGACCUGUCCAGUGGAGAAUGGACUGGACGGUGACUGGGACUACUGCUGUAGAUCGGGCCACCAGUGUGGAUAUUCAGAAGGCUUCAGCUAUCCCUGGUGUUACGUGGGAAGCUCAGCUAAGGACCAGUGGCGGCCGUGCAGUGAGCACUAUUACCCGUACAAGCACUCGAACCGCCCCCUGCACUGGCCGGUCGCCUAUCUGCACAAAGAGAGUCCACCCAACAUGACCACUGGUGGCCCUGGCCCUGGCUUUGGCUCCACGGCCCCCGCCACUCUCCACAUCCCACAUCAGCCAUCUAUCGUCGACAACUUCCUCGAAACACUCAAACAGGAAUCUCUCAGAGCCAACACCAGCUCAACAACAAUUGUUCCAAAAUUUGAGGUUGUUGAUGUGAAGCCAGACCCGAAAGAGGAGUCAUCGAUGGACAGCAAGACCGACGAGAGUGCUCUGAGCAAACUGUGGAUGUGGGGACAGUCGAGACUCAACAAAACAGACAAUUCGGCUGAAGCCACAGACAGUGGCAGUACAUCGUCAACAUCAGUAACCGAGAUUUCAACAAUUACAACGCCUAAUGAUGAAAUCGCAACAACUAACUCGUAGCAUAAUUUGUCAAACAAAUGCACAAUGUAGUACCUACUACUGUGAGCAGUUCAAAUUUUUGUGCGCAGCAAUGAAACUGGAGAUAAGUUGAAAUAGGCAGCAUACCAUGAAUCAGAUCAAUUAGAAAUCGAAAAACGAUGUUUUAUGAGUAGAUUAUAGGUUGAUCAACAUUUACUGUCCCUUUGGGAAUCAAUGUGAUUGUGCAAUAAUCCACUGAUAACAUUUUAUAUUGAAUAAUUUGUAAACAAUUCUAUACUAAUUGAUGAAAUAUUUGAAGAAAUUUUGUUGAAGAAUUAUGCUAGAAUGGAUAAAGAUAAGAUAAUGGUACUACAAAACUGGCCCACAAAAGUUGUUAAAAAAUUGUGAUCAAAUUAGGGUGGAUUAUAGUCUAAAUUGUAAAAUAGUAUCUUUCAUAAGCGGAUGAAGAACUUUUGAGACUUGACAAUACUAGUGUUUGGCUUGAAAAAAUAAAACUAUAUGUUUCUAUACAAACAUAAAACUCUUUGUUAUUUUAGAGCCAUUUUUCAACAAAUAAAUUCAGAAUCUUUUACAUUUGAUUUAGAGAAGCAUAAAUUGUAAUUAUGAAUAACGUUUAUUGAUCAAUCUCCUUCAUAAUAUGAAUUCUUCAAAUGUUCACAUUAUCAUGUUGGCCAAAGACCGUGUGAUUCGACUGCAAUGGGAUUGUUGUGACAGUAAUAACAGUUUCUUUGGGAGGAUUUUGAGCAUCUAGAACAAAAUAAUAAGUCGAGAAUCAUUAAAUUAGAAAUUUCAAUUAAACUAUAAUUAUUGAUUAAUGCAACAAAAAUAGCUACUAUAUUCAAUUUUAUUAACAUUUUGCAAUGUAUUGUAUAAAAUGUAGAUACUGUAGUCACUUAGUAGGCCUAGGCCUAUAUGUAAUCAAUGUCCAUGUUUUUUAAAAGUGAUGUGAGGAUGACCUUUACAGAAGUGAAGAUGAACAAUUCAGGUUGUAACAUAGUAAUAUUCAUUCUUGUGCAGUAGCGAUAGCAAUAAAUGGGUGAAUGAUUUUCAAUUGGUGGUAAAGCUUUGGGAGCUUAUUGCAAUUAUAGUUUUUCUUGUAGAUUAUCCAACAUUACUACUGCUUGUUGGAAAUUCUAUCAGAAAAAUUCAAAUGAGCUCCAUUGGUUGUUAAUAUAUUACUGUUCCGUUCUAAUUUAUAAAAAUAUUAUUAUGCUGUGAAUAACUUGAAUGAUAAGGCAAUGAUUGAUUUAAAAAUUAACUUAUAGAAUAAACUAAUAUGUGCUUUAGGAGUAUUUAGCUUUAUGACCUAAUGUUAUAAGGAAUCAAUCAGUAAUUACUUCAAGAACCUUGCUUGCAAAAAAAGCAAUAACUUGUAAUGCCAAUAUUAUGCCAAAAAUGUAAAAAAUAAACACUAUAAUAUCACAGUA